GUGGUUGUGGUGUACGAUGGGUAUCUACUAUGUCCCCUUGGUGGGGAGAUAUUCAGGGAUUUUAGAUGGAACAUCAGUGACAUCACAGCAGACCAUUGAUCACAACAACAGACACAUUUUAACAGUGACUCUGAAUGGAUUGAAUAUGGGAGAUACUGGCUGGUACUGGUGUUCCAGAGGAGACCUCCAGAUGCCUGUUCACAUCACUGUCAAUCAACUGACCACAACACAGUGUACCACACCUGCCUCCACCACCACCCCUACCCCCUCUUCCACCAUCAUCAUCUCCACUGUCAAUCAACUGACCACAACACAGAGAACCACAACUGCCUCCACCACCACCCCUACCCCCUCUUCCACCAUCAUCAUCUCCACUGUCAAUCAACUGACCACAACACAGAGUACCACACCUGCCUCCACCACCACCCCUACCCUCUCUUCCACCAUCAUCAUCUCCACUGUUAAUCAACUGACCACAACACAGGCUGACCCCAUCAUUAGAAAGUAAUGAGAGACCAGUUAUAACCAAAAAUGGAAUGAGUUUUUCAAAUUCACAGAAUCCAACUGAAGUUAUUUUGUUAAUUUAAAACAUUGAUAUAUCACGCUGAAAUUUUGUCGCAGGAGGUUCCGGACUGUGGACCGUCACAGGAGGUUCCGGACUGUGGACCGUCGCAGGAGGUUCCGGACUGUGGACCGUCGCAGGAGGUUCCGGACUGGGGACCUUAGCCGGAAGCUCUGGACUAGGGACCGUCGCCGGAAGCUCUGGUGCGUGGAGCCGGCACAGGUGGCAUCGGACUGGUGAAACGCACUUCAGGGCAAGUGCGAGGAGCAGGCACAC